AAGUGGACUGUAUCAGAUUGCGGAAAACACAUACAGCGGGAGCAUCUCAUACCUGCGUGUUCGAGUGCGAGAGUUAGAGAGAGAAAGAUACUCUUGAGGUACUUCGAGGAUUUCAAUAGGACUAUUACAGUGUUAUAAUGGAUUACGGAUACGACAGUCUUGAGCCUUCCUUCACCUCACCUGAACCCUUGGCCGCCAGUGGAGGAAAUAUAGAUCAUCUGUGCGAAAUGUAUAUUAAUGACGUGGGGUUUUAUUCCGAGGAGUGGCAUUCCUGUCCACAGAAGACCAUGGAAGCCAAUAACUGGAGACCGGGGGCAGACCAAGCAUCCGAAAUGUACAAUGACUACGGCUCUUCGGCCUCCUACUACGACGUCAACGACUGGAAGCUUUCCGACAAAGCCCUCCACGACCUGAAGCCCUUCCUGCUGAACGAGGAAGAGUGGUCUCCAGAGCAAGAAAGCAAUUACGAUGCGCUAACCUACGAGGCGUCAGACCUGCCACUUCAGGACCUAGAUAAUCUAGCGCUGGAUGACGAGCCAUACGACGGGUUAGUUGGUGAGCUUCAGCAGCCUCUAUGCCCACUAUCCAGUACAGAGUAUUCGUCUGCAGAGCCACUGCGCUCUUCCAGUGGCGGCCACAUACUUGUUGACGAACCGCAGCCUAUCUCACAGCCUCCCGACAUCCUGGAAAAGAUCCCUUCAAAAAGAAAACGAGUUCGAGGUCCCAAAAACUGGGAGUUCUUGAUCCGGCUACUGGCAGACAAGCGAACGAACCCGUCUUUGAUUCGCUGGGAAGAUGAGUCUACGGCGACCUUCCGUCUGGUUCAGCCUGAGAAAAUCGCGCAGAUGUGGUCCACACGAACGCCAGAUUCUCCUCCUGUAAUUUAUAACAGUUUUGCUAGGGGUCUCAGGUACCACUAUAGCAGAGGCGCCUUACAACCAGUGUCAGAAAAGCAGCUGGUGUACCGAUGUGGGCCCAAGGCUCUCCAGUACCUGAUCGACCUGCGCAAGGGUUCUUCCUGAGGAGAUGUUUGGAAUGAGUAAGACGAGAAAAGGCAAUGAGUAAGCCUUGGUGUGGAUUAAGUGCCAAAUCAAAAAGAGACAGUGUGAAACGUGUUCUAGAGAUUGAAGUGAAGGCAGAGGAAAGGCAAGGCAGGAAGUGUUACAAACAAUGAACAAAACACAAAAGAAAGUUAUUUUUUACAGUUCGUCCCCAGAUCAACAUCUGUGUUACGAAUAGAUGUCAUUGACAUAUCAUGUGCUACUAUGCCAAAGAUUAGUUACGAGAUGUGGUAGCUAUAUAUAAUUUUGUUAUAUUGCAUAUCGGUAUUAUUUUAAAUAAAUUAUUGAAAUAA